CCAGAUAGAUAGAUAGGCAGAGAAAGUAAGAGAGAGAAGAAGGUGAGGGGGCUAGCUCAAAUCGAGUGGCGAAGGGUUGGGUUUCUUGUUUGUAUGUUUUUUGUGGUGGUGAUGCUACUGCUACUGCUGUUCGUAUAGCUGAGAGUUUCGGAGAGAGAAAAGAAGCAGAGAAGAGAAAAGGAUAGACCUGAUAAGCUCAAGCUAAGAUAGAACCAGUAAUUCACUGCACAAACCGGAAACCCCAACGACGAACCUCGAAAUCCGAAGCGUAAGAGGCAGAAGGCAAAAGUUGUUUCACUACUCUCUUCUCACGAUCUUGUCUUAAGUUCGGAUAUGGAUCCGUUCGAUUUGGUUCGAAAAGGUUUUGGGUGAAGCAUACUGGAAUUCAGAUUAUUCUCUUUCUCAAGAGCUUUUUAUGCAUGUAGAAUCUUUUUGUCACCAUUUAUUUAAAGAAUGAGCUUAUACAAGAAAGGGACGCCAGCAAAUGAAGCAAUUGAUACAAAGAUAAGUGCACCAAACAAGGCAACAAGCUUGAAUCCAAAUGCUGUAGAGUUCGUUCCUUUUUCCCUCAGGUCGCCGACUGCUCCGCCUGGAAGCACCAGCACCACAGAUGCUACUGCUGGGUUUGCUGCUACUGGAAGUAUAGGGAAAUCAGUGCUUGAUAGAUCAGGAUCAUCUGUUUCAAACAACUCUGAUGAAGAGGCCCGUCAAUACUGGCGUUGCCAGCUCCCUGAUGACAUUACGCCUGAUUUUAAAGUAAUGAGUGAGGAUGAAUCUCAAGGUCUUGGGGGCCUUUCUUUGGCGGGCUUAUCGUUGCAUGAUGGCAAUGAAGCUUCAAGGUUUCCAAUCUCUACAGGCAGUGGAUAUGUGUUGAAUGGGCCACCGGAAUUGUCCCCACGUGUUAAUGGUAAUAUUUUUGGCGAAAAGAUGAAAUAUUCAGCUGCAUCCUAUGUGGAAGAUCCAAGCCUGGCAAGCUUUUUGCAGCUGCCAGGUAAGCCUUGGGACAAGCAAAUUGUGAACAGCGAUCAGCUCCUUGGAAAUGGUAGAGAUGUGCAUCCUUACAACGAGAGUUCUAGACAUGGGUUUAUGAAUGAAAUGUUAACUGAGCAUGGAAUGGUAGAUGAUACUGACAUGAACCCCUUGGAGUUCUUGGCUGCACAAUUCCCUAGAUUUGCUGCUGAAAGCCUUGCAGAAGUCUACUUUGCAAAUGGAUGUGACUUCAACUCGACUGUUGAGAUGCUCACUCAACUUGAGCUUCAAGUUGAUGGUGGUUUCAGUCAGAAUAUUAACUCAAAGGCCUUGUCAGCACCCAAUCUCAGUCCGAUGGAUUUUCCUGCGUUUACUCCUGAUGCUCAGAAUGGUCCUCCUAAGUAUGCCGGAGAUGAUCUUCACCAAAACAGCAAUCCAUAUAGAUAUUUGGACAAGGAAAACAUGCUUCCAUUCAAGUCGAACUCCUCCAUUCCGAGUAGGGGUGCAGUAGAUUUUGCUUCAGCUGUCAGGAAAUUGGCGUUGCAAGAUUCUAUAUGGAAAUAUGAAGGGAAUGGUGCGGUUAAUUCUACUGUUGGCUCGAGCAUAAGUUCUAAUGUUUCUGCAAGUGCUCACAGUACUAGUGGGCAGGGGAGAGGUAUUUAUGCUGAUAGGCUGCAAAUUUGUGGUUCAGCUCAAGUGCCUUCAGUGUGGCUUGAAACUGGGGACACAGUGGCAAAUUUAUAUUCUGAAUUGCGGGAAGAAGCUCGUGACCAUGCACGUUUACGCAAUGCAUAUUUUGAACAGGCUCGGCAAGCAUACCUCAUUGGCAACAAGGCCCUAGCAAAGGAACUGAGCUCAAAAGGACAGUUGCACAAUGCUCAUAUGAAGGAAGCUCAUGGAAAAGCUCAGGAAUCAAUUUAUCGUCAGAGGAACCCUGUUGGCCCAGAGAUGCAAGGUAAUGGGAGAGGGCAUGAGCAGAUUAUAGACCUGCAUGGGCUGCAUGUAAGUGAAGCGAUACAUGUCCUAAAGCAUGAACUGAGUGUGCUGCGGAGCACAGCUCGUGCAGCAGAUAAGUGUUUACAGGUUUAUAUAUGUGUUGGGACUGGCCACCACACUAGGGGAUCCCGCACACCAGCAAGACUUCCCAUUGCUGUACAGCGUUAUCUGCUUGAAGAAGAGUGCCUUGACUACUCUGAACCACAGCCAGGGCUGCUUCGUGUUGUGGUAUAUUGAGGCAGAGGAAAAGAUGGGAGGUACUGUCAUCAAAAUCAUUCUUGUAUCUGUUUACAUGGAAGAGGUGGAAGAGAAAUAGGUUUAAAUCUUAAAAUUGGGGGGAAAAAAUGGAAAAAAAAAAAAAAAAAAAAAGGGAAAGCGGAGGGAAAGGAGAUGGAAGGGUAACUGGGUUACAGCAGCAUUACAUUUUGAUAGCCAUCAGGGACUGUACAUCAGCAAAAUCUUUUGCACCUUUUUCCAUUUUGUACCUUAAUUUUCAUUUCUUUUUACUUUUUUUUUUUUCCUUUCUUUUCAUUCAGAUGUAACAGAUAGAAUCCAAUUACAUGAGUAUAAUUCAUCAGGUUCAACUCUUGCAUGAAAAAA